AAAUCACCAAUCCACCAGGACACUCCCUGAUUUUUCGAAACUGGACGGCUGGCUUCGCGUAUCGCACAACUUCUGUGGAGACUUCUAUCCUGACACGAUGUCUGAGGUAUUCGGCAUGUGUCUCGGGCACAACCUUGCAUUGAUCCCUGCAAGCCAUCUUCAUGUUUUACACUGUUACCUUGAAGGCAUCGACAGUCGAGCUUAACAGACUCACAGACCGAGAUUUAGAGCGCAAUCCCGCUUGCGUUCACGCAAAGGCGCCCAGCACGGCAAGAACACGGGCGAAAUACCGUUGCGAGAAGAAGCAGACUCGAUGCCGAAUCAUCAAACAUCACUUCGUGUCAGCGCUGUCAUCUUGGCCAGGGAAUCCAUGCUUCUCCACACAACGCUACUGAAAGAUGACACCCAUCAAGCACCCGGUACCCGGUGAAAAUGUUCCAGAUCUCGGUACUCCUCCACAUAACGCGUUGAAACGCAAGGACUCCCGUCCGAUCCCAACCGGCAUUGAGGUGUGGCGUGCAGGAUCAGGCAUUGUCGUGCCCAAACUUUUCUUUCGACCAAGUUUUCAACAA